AUGUCGCUACACCCCGUCGAUCAAGAUAGCGAUAAUGAAUCCUACCACUCUCUCCGCUUCCUUUACCCCAAUUUCGAGGCGGAAGAUCCCGAACAUUACCACCCAGGGGGCUUCCAUCCCGUUCAUCUCGGCGACACUUACUAUGGCGGUCGCUACAGGAUCGUGCACAAGCUCGGUGCCGGCGGCUUUUCGACCGUCUGGCUAGCACGAGACGAGUGUGACAGGAAGUGGGUGGCUUUGAAGUUUGUUGCUGCAAAGCAUUCUUCAUCGAUUAGCGACAAGUCUCUUCGUGUUCUAAGCAGCCAGGUUGCCGUCUCAAACCGUGCCCGAGGACCCGCAACGUUCAUGUCCGAACUUGGGCGGUUUACUUUCGAGGGCCCAAAUGGUCGCCAUCUGUGUCUAGUUUUGCCCGUUUUUGGCCCAUCUGCUUCGGAGUUGUCGACCCUCUUUUCAUGUAGGCUAAAACCGUGGCUCGCUCGAAAGGUUGGAUAUCAAGCUGCAAAAGCCCUUGCCGAUCUCCACGCGCAGGGUAUUUGCCACGGAGAUGUCACCACCGGGAAUAUUCUAUUCACCCUACAGGGUUUCGACCACCUUAACGAAGCCGGAGUUUACCGUCUCUUUGGACCGCCGGUAACUCAACAGCUUGAACUGGAGUCCGGUGAACCGACCGGUCCGGAGGCACCUCGAUAUCUCGUCAAAGCACUUGACUUUCUCUCCCUGGACUUCAACUUUAUCAGCAGUAACACAAUACUCGUUGACUUUGACCAGUCUUUUCCAAUUUCCUCUCCUCCCAAAAAGAUGCUGGGCACACCUGCCGAGUUUCUUGCCCCCGAAGUUGCUGUCGGCUUGCCGCCCAGUCCCGCUAGCGAUGUCUGGGCUCUGGGGUGCUUUCUAUUCCGGCUCCGAGGUGGUCUUAGCCCAUUUUCCGCCUUCGAAGUCGAUUGCCCGGUCGAGUUGGUGAGGAUUGUCGAGCAAACCCUAGGAGAUAGGCCCGCUGAGUGGGGAGAUACCCUCUGGGACGACUUUGGAUAUCCGACGAAGAACCCAAGAAAGGGAAGGCAUGUCGCGAAAUUGGAUGAGAAGCGGUCCUUGAGGGAUCUCGUCUACAAGAUAUGGGACGAUCAGCCAGAGGGCAAUGUCGUCAACACAGGCGUGCCUGGAUGUCAGAAACGGCUCUACAUAAGCGAAGACAACGAACCGUUCCCGCCUUGUUUUGGGAACAUGAUAUGGAAGCCCACGGCUGUUAAAGUGGAUAAUGUCUAUAUCUACGGCUUCGAUGACGAGUCGGACGCAAUGUUGGAUGCGAUGCCGAAGAUCGCGGAGCACGAGGCCGCCUUGCUCUACGACCUGCUGUCUAAGAUAUUCGUUUAUGAUGCGAAGCAGCGGCCGACUGCCAAGGAGAUUCUUGAUCAUUCUUGGUUUCACAGCACCACAUCACCACGAACUACGCCGACGUGA